UUCCCAUUCAUCAUCUCAAACAACAACAACAUUUACUUUACUAAACAAAGAACACCACAAAAGUUCAAAAGUUCAUCCUCUUUUUUAAGCAACCAAGAAUACCACAAAAAGUUCAAAGUUCAUCCUCUUUUUAAACAACAACAUUAACUUAAUUACCAAACAAAGAACACCACAAAAAGUUCAAAGUUCAUCCUCCUUUUUAAGCAACCAAGAAAUACAAUCUAAAACAUGGGUAAGAAGAAAAGCUCAUGCGAGGCGGCGGCCCGCCGAGCGUGGCGGCGGCUCCGUAUAACAUUGCUAUGGGCUAGACAAGGCGGGUUGCUAAAAUGCCGGUUAAUGGCCGAGUUAAGGCACAUGCCUAAACAACUCAAAGGCCAUUACAAGAAGUCUAAUAAGGAUAUGAUCCAGUACGGUGAACGUCAGCUUUCGUUUGACGAAACACCAACGAUACACUUUAGGAUGCACCGGCCGUCCUCGUUGAGGUUCAUGAUUCCGUGUAUUACGCCCGAAGUGAAGGAUUUCGAUUACGAUUUUGCGAAUGACGGUUGUGAUGAUUAUGAUGAUGUUAAGUAUAAUGGGGUUUGUGGUGCAAGGAGGAGUUUUUUGAGGGGUAAUAAUGCAGAAGAUUGUGAAGAAGAUGAUAAUGGAGAAUGUGAAGAAGCUGUUGUUUAUGGAGAUUCCGGGAUUGACGACAAGGCGGACGAGUUCAUUGCUAAGUUCUAUGAGCAGAUGAAGUUGCAAAGACAGAUUUCCUAUCAACAAAGGCAUAAUGCCAUUAAAGCACUUUGAAGUAAAGAUGGGUGUGGGCCGGGCCGGGGCUGAGGCCCGACCUGGCAUGAAAAAAAGCCCAGCAAAAAACACAACCCGACACGAGCAUGAAGUCAUGGGCCAUGGGCUUCAUUUUUUUGGGAAAAACACGACAAGGAACGACUCGACACCACAAUUCACGCUAAAUUUAGCUAAAGUAGACUUAGCCAUGAUGGCCCGGCCCGACGAUCUAUGGACCUGGCCCAUGUUUUGAGAUUUUCAGACAGGUCCAGCUCGACACGAAACAGAACGGGCUUGGUGUGGGUGGGCCUGAAGCCUAUUCAGGCCCACUGCCCAUGGGCUCGGUCCAGCCUACAACCAUCUUUAUUUUGAAGAAGAGACCAAAAUACAUACAGUUCGAAGAUUUGUUUCAUUCUUUCUCCUUUUAUCGGAGUUUUUUGUACGCUGAGGCAUUACGGCAUUUUUGUAAAUACCCGAGGGCUUCCCUUCAAAGAGUUUUGCAGUAAAUUUUAUUAAUGAAAAUAGAGAUCACAUUACAUUCA